AUGAGCUCCUCGAGUUAUUGCAACGAUUUUGGAAACAGGAAAAAAUCGUUCCUAGUCAUCAAUCAACUCUUACUGCAGAAGAAUCUCAGUGUGAAGAACAUUUUGAACAAACUCAUUCCCGUGACUCAAAUGGGCGGUUCGUGGUUCGACUCCCGUUCAGAAAAACCGUGGCGGAUUUCGGCCGCUCCCGCCCAGCCGCGCGCAACGCUCUAUUUCGAUUGGAAAAACGCUUUGCGUCAAACCCCCCCCCCCCUCAAAAACGCGUACAGUAAGUUUCUGCGCGAGUAUCGCGAGCUCGGUCACAUGCGACUCGUAACUACGCCCGGCCUCCCUCAACAGCGCGAAUUCUUUCUGCCGCAUCAUGGCGUCACCCGGGAGUCUAGCUCCACCACUAAACUCCAGGUGGUAUUCAACGGAUCGCAGAAGACCUCGCUCAGAUUUUCUCUCAACGACGAGCUGCACGUCGGACCGAAGCUGCAAACGGAGCUCACUAACGUCCUUACUCGCUGGCGCCAACAUCCGUAUGUAUUCGCCGCUGACAUAGAGAAAAUGUAUCGGCAGAUUCGCGUUCACGAAAAAGAUUGGCCGAUCCAAAAGAUUUUAUGGCGCAACUCAUCCGCGGAGAGAAUUCAAGAGUACUAUCUAUGCACGGUGACCUACGGGCUAACUUGCGCUUCGUAUCUCGCUCUGAAAUGCGUUCGAAAGCUUGCGCUCAAUAGUGCCUCGACGCAUCCCCUCGCGUAUGAGAUUCUACUAAAUGACAUCUACGUUGAUGACGUCUUCUCAGGUGCGUCGGACCUAACCCUAGCAAAGGAACGAAUUCGACAAGUGAACGCGGCCCUCAAGGCGGGCGGUUUCAAUCUCAGAAAAUGGAUCGCCAACGAUCCCGCGAUUCUCGAGGACAUACCACGGCCAGACCACGAGUCCUCGUCGACCAUGAAAGUGGAAGACACAACCUCGUAUCAAACAUUGGGAAUCGUCUGGAAUCGAGAAUCCGACAGCUUCGUCUUCUCCGCACCGGCACCUCUGACGUCUGACGUCGUCUCGAAGCGCUCCGUAUUAUCCUUCACUGCGCGAAUGUUCGAUCCUCUGGGCUGGCUUGCUCCGAUUCUCGUUGUCGCCAAAAUAUUCAUGCAAGAACUCUGGGCUAUUCGCCUGGAUUGGGAUAACGACCUGCCCGAAGAACUAGCUUCUCGUUGGAUCAAAUUCACUCAAACUCUGGCUGAGAUAUCAACGAUCUCCAUCCCGCGCUGGCUCGGAACAGAUCAGUCUACAAUUGCGAUUGAGCUCCACGGAUUCUCUGACGCGUCCCAACGUGCGCUUGGCGCUGUGAUCUAUUCUCGCAUCAUAAAUCAAAAAGGUGAAGUUCGCGUCGUAUUGGUGAGUGCAAAAACAAAAGUGGCGCCACUCAAACGCAUGACCGUUCCUCGCCUCGAACUCUCUGCAGUCGUCCUACUUACUCGUCAGGUUCUCCAGCUUCGAGAAACUCUCGAAUUACGUCGAGCUCCCAUUCACCUCUGGACCGACUCCACCGUCGCACUCACGUGGAUCAAAAGUCAUCCAUCCCGAUGGAAGGAUUUCGUAAGUCACCGCGUAUCCUUUAUACAGGACCUUCCUAAUUCCCGCUGGCAUCAUAUAUCCGGAAGGGAGAAUCCGGCGGACCUCGCCUCCCGAGGCACCUCCCCUCAGCAUUUACAAAGCCACCAGCUUUGGUGGACGGGACCGCAUUGGCUGCGAAAUCGCCUCACCUCAUGGCCGAAUUCAACGCCAGACCUCAGCUCAAGUAUAGAUCUCGAAGAGAAACCGAGAACCUGUGCCACAGCGACCGACGGGGGUCCCGAAAUUUGGAACCUUAUAGACCGAUAUUCGACGCUCACCCCUCUACGUCGCCUCACGGCAUGGCUUUUCCGAGCUCGCGAGUGCUGGCAACGCGCUCGCAACGCUCCUUCACGUCGCACCGUUCUCACCACCGAAGAACUUGAAUAUGCUCUCCUCUUCUGGGUUAAAACAAUGCAGCAGGCCUACUUUCCUCAGGAACUUCGAGCCCUUCGUGAUCAACGAACGAUAGCGACCUCGAGCAAUCUAUCACGCCUCUGCCCAAUUCUCAAUUCAAACGGGCUUCUCAGACUGCGAGGAAGACUCCGAUUCUCUCAGCUGGAUCCUUCGGAAAAACAUCCUCUAAUUCUACCGCGCCAAUCCCGGCUGACCACACUCGUGAUCGACUAUUACCAUCGGCGUACUUUGCACGGCGGGCCGCAGCUCACGUCAGCGUCCAUCCGGCAGAAAUUCUGGAUCAUCGGUGGUCGUCUUCCCAUCCGAUCAUUCAUUCAUCGCUGCAUCCCCUGCUGUCGACAGCGUGCUAUUACGAGUCAACAGCUCAUCGGACAGCUCCCAGCUUCACGCGUAACUCCUUGUAGACCGUUCUAUCACUCUGGAGUGGACUACGCCGGCCCUCUAAUACUCAAAACCUUUCGAGGACGAGGCUUCAAGACGUACAAGGGAUAUUUCAUCAUUUUUGUUUGUUUCAGCACUUCAGCUGUGCAUCUCGAAGUCGCGACAGACUAUUCCACUGACGGCUUUCUCGCGGCAUACAAGCGCUUUACCAGCCGUCGCGGGCUUUGCGCCACAAUAACGAGCGACUGCGGAACCAACCUAAUCGGUGCCGACGCCGAGCUUAAACGGAUGUUCAGCGCCUCAUCAAAAGAAUGGUCUCAUCUCGCUAACCUGCUCGCUAACGAUGGCGUUACGUGGAAAUUUAAUUCCCCUGCGGCUCCGCACUUUGGCGGAAAGUGGGAGUCCGGCGUGAAGUCCGUUAAACAUCAUCUUCGCCGCGUGGUCGGGGAUACUCGUCUAACUUACGAAGAGCUUUCAACCCUCCUGGCUCAAAUCGAAACUAUCCUAAAUUCGAGGCCUCUAGGAGCCCUGACGGACGACCCCUUGGACGCCUCCGCUUUGACGCCCGGGCAUUUCCUCGUGGGAUCCGCUCUGACUACGGUCCCAGAGCCGUCUCUCUCUGAACUCCCGCCCAGCCGCUUAUCGCGCCUGCAACUAAUCCGACGGAUGCUCGAAUCAUUUUGGCAACGAUGGGCAUCCGAAUAUCUGCAUCAAUUGUAG